UAGUGUUUGCUUGAAGGAUCUGUUUCUAUGAGUAACCUCACUCGAUAAACAGGGGGAUGAAGUAGGACUCUCGAUAGCCACUUGUUGUGGCGACUGCUGUGUGCAUAUAUAUAGAGAGGUCAUGCGUGAUGCUUUGACUGUAGUGUUGAUCACAGACUAUAGGACGCAGUGUGCUUUUGAGCGAAGUGCAUCCCAUCUAGGAACUCAACGUGCACAGGGAAAGGAACUAGUCCAAACAUGUCAACUGCCCCGGCUUUGCCAGAGCCCCUCAAGGAUCUGAAGAUUCAGUAUACUAAGAUCAUGGUUCUGCCCUUAUGUUUUUUUAAUCUACAUCUGGGCUUGGCUAUCGGUUUCCCUGGAAAGGAUUUAGGCCAUCAUCCGCUUCCUGCUUGCUUAAAGAUAUUUAUAAACAAUGAAUGGCAUGAUUCAGCUAGUGGCAAAAAAUUCCCAGUCCUUAACCCUGCGACUGGAGAGAAAAUUUGUGAUGUUUCAGAAGGAGAUAAGGCAGAUGUCGACAAAGCUGUUAAAGCAGCAAGAAAAGCUUUUGAACUUGGGUCCUGCUGGCGAACCAUGGAUGCUUCAGAAAGAGGAAGGCUAUUGAACAAACUAGCUGAUUUAAUUGAAAGGGAUCGUCUCCUCUUAGCUACAAUGGAGAGCCUUAAUGGGGGUAAGCUUUUCCCCACCUCCUACUUAAUGGACUUAGGCGGCUGCAUUAACACUUUGCGCUACUGUGCAGGCUGGUCGGACAAAAUCCAGGGACGGACCAUCCCAAUGGAUGGAAACUAUUUCACAUUUACAAGACAUGAGCCUGUUGGAGUAUGUGGACAAAUUAUUCCUUGGAACUUCCCCCUGGUUAUGUUUGUCUGGAAGAUUGCCCCUGCUCUUUGUUGCGGAAACACCGUGGUCGUCAAGCCGGCAGAGCAAACUCCACUAACGGCUCUUCACAUGGGGUCUUUAAUUAAAGAGGCAGGAUUUCCACCUGGAGUAGUGAAUAUUGUGCCAGGGUAUGGACCCACGGCUGGCGCAGCCAUUUCCAGUCACAUGGACAUAGAUAAAGUGGCCUUCACCGGCUCUACUGAGGUUGGCAAGAUGAUCAAAGAAGCUGCUGGGAAGAGCAACCUGAAAAGAGUCACUUUGGAACUUGGCGGGAAAAGUCCCAAUAUCAUAUUUGCAGAUGCUGAUUUGGACAGUGCUGUGGAAUUUGCACACAUUGGCCUGUUUUACCAUCAGGGACAAUGCUGCAUAGCUGGGUCUAGAAUUUUUGUGGAAGAGCCAAUAUAUGAUGAGUUUGUACGUAGGAGUGUUGAGAGGGCUAAGAAAAAUGUACUUGGAAACCCACUGGCUCCGGGAGUAAAUCAAGGUCCUCAGAUUGAUAAGGAGCAGUAUGAUAGAAUCCUGGCACUAAUUGAGAGUGGGAAGAAAGAAGGAGCCAAACUGGAAUGUGGAGGAGGCCCCUGGGGAGACAAAGGCUACUUCAUCCAGCCUACAGUUUUCUCAAAUGUUACAGAUGAGAUGCGCAUUGCUAAAGAGGAGAUUUUUGGGCCAGUUCAGCAAAUCAUGAAGUUCAAGACUGUUGAUGAAGUUAUAAAAAGAGCAAACAAUACUCAUUAUGGUCUAGCAGCUGGAGUGUUUACCAAAGACAUUAACAAAGCUCUGACAUUUGCAGCUGCUCUUCAGGCUGGAACAGUCUGGGUGAACUGCUAUAGUGCAGUGGCUGCUCAGGUUCCUUUCGGAGGAUUCAAAAUGUCAGGAAAUGGCCGAGAGCUUGGAGAAUAUGGCCUUCAUGAGUACACAGAAGUCAAGACAGUCACCAUCAAGAUUCCACAGAAGAAUUCAUAAUGUCACUGCAGGGAACAGGAGGACUUGACCACAUCAGAUGCUAAUCAGACUUGCAAGGCCAGCUAUAGAGCAGAACAUUUUGUAGCAGAUGUUUUCAUGUAAUUUGGGUUUUCUUUCUAUCUGUAAAAACAAAUGUGUUUAGCAAUUAACAGUCAUUUAGAAAAUCUUAAAUCUGCUUAACUAAGAAAGGGAAAUCUUAAUGUCUGAAUCUAAUUAACAAGUUUUGAAUUUUGAUGAAAAAUCAAUUUUAAUUUCCCCCCGUAUUUGAAUAUAUCUGAAUAUAUCUGUAGUGCUAUGGGAAAUAAAAUUGUGAACAUAUCAUAUUUACACAAUUUGCUUUAGUGUGCUGUUAUAGAAUCAUAAGCUGUCAUCUCUUUCUUUGUUAAGAGCUUGUCAAAAGUAUUUAAAUAUAGCUAUCUAAUAGAGACUUUGUAAUCAAGAGCAAAAAUCAUUAGCAAUCUUCUGGUACAUGUUGUAACUUUGAUUCUGUUCAUAAUAACUACUGUGCAGAGGCAUUUUGGAUGUAAACUUUUAAAAAUCUAUCAUUUUCUACUGUUA